CCGUACGUACGUGCAGGCAGGACCGCUGCCGCAAGGUCACCGCCGCACUCAGGUCCACCAGGUGCCCGCCCAAGCCCAAGGCGCCCAGCUAUAUUCCCUCAUGGGGUGCUGCCGCAACCAGUGGCAGCCGGGGACGCGGCGGCGGCGCCACAGCGGGCUGCGCGCCUGCUGGGCCGGGGCCCUUGCUUAUUGCAGCUUGACCGCAUCAGCACUGCGGCGGGCGGCUAUGGCAGCGGCCUGUGUGGGCUGCGGCGAGGCGGGGGCCGCUGGCGGCGCCUUCGUAAGGGGUGCAGAUCUUUAACCGCCAGGCCGGCCGGCUCUGGCCCGCCCGCGCUUGAUGGGCACGAUGGCGUCUGCGCCAGCGUGCGUGGCAGGGUGGUUGAGGCAGUAGCUGGCGGCGGCGCAGCAGUGGUGGCGCGGCAGUAACAACUGCAGCAGGGGCUGGUGGCGGCGGUACAGCUGCAGUAGCUGCAGCCGCAGCGGUGGGUGCGCCUGCCAGCGGCGGCCGAAACAGUAGCAGCAGUAGCGCCAAGCAACAGUAGCGGCAGUAGCGCCACGCAGCAGUAGCAGCAGUAGCGCCACGCAGGUGCUGCGGGCGGAGGCAUAAGUGGGUUGCGCGAGCGAGCGAGGUCGACUGUAGCGCAGGGACCCGCACAACCCGCACCCCACCCACCCCCACCCUGCGCAACCUGCGGGUCGGCGGCGGCGGCAGUGGCGGCGGCAGUGGCGGCGGCAGUGGCGGCGGCAGUGGCGGCGGCAGUGGCGGCGGCGACCGCGACCGCGACGGCGAGGACCGUGGCGGCGCUGAUCGCGAUCGCAAGCACGACAAGCAGAAGCAGGAGCGGGAGCGGGAGCGGGAGAGGCGGCAGCGGCAGGACAUGAGUCCGGCGGGUCCGCCAGCUACUGCCCACGCCGACGCGGCGGAGGGGCUGGGCAGGGUGAUUGGGGAGGUGGUGGGGGGUGUCAAGGGCGUGCUGGAGAAGUUCCAGCACGUGGGGGCUGACACGGCGCCCGAGCAGCCCGUGGUGCCGUACACGAGUACGGCAGAGCUGCUGGCGGCGCGGCAGCAGCAGCAGGGCGGCGGCCGGGAGCAGGAGGGCGGACGGAGAUGAUGGCAAUGGUGCUGCGUGCGUGGCUGGCGCCUUGGUUGCCGCUGGCUGUAUUGCGGUGUGUAGGAAAGCCAGCAAGUGUGUCUCAUGCCGAGUCUAAAAUAGUAUAGAGACAGGAACGCACGUCGAUAAUAGGAAGGUUGUGGUAAGGGAGAUGAGACGAUUUGUGUUUUGAGCUGUCGGGUUGUGUAUGUUGAGGUGGUGUCAGACACUCAAACAAAAGCUGUACGCAACACCCGUUUGGUCUCUUGCAGGCGAGGUUGGUUGUUAGUAUUGACAACAUAUUGUAUGGUUGUGUGCGACGGCUCCCAACUUGGUCGUGGAGUGGCAGCAGGUCAAGGGGAAGUUUGCAGUUCCCUUCCACGCCGGAAUGGCAGAUGAGGUUUGCUUGGCGCAAGGCCGCGCACGAGGGCGGUGUGUAACGGUUUGUGAGAGUGGUCGCCUGUCCUAGGCGCAAGCUCUGGUUGCGCUUCAGCGGCUUUGGCCGUGACUGGUUUGCCUCUGUCCCCUGGGCCUUGUCUCCGCUCAUGUCUUUCCAUCUUUCCAUCACGGCCUGUCACACUCCCACGCGCCGCACCUGGCACCGCGUACCCCUAGCACACACAUGCGUCCUAAGGUUGCAGUGACAGCACGCUCCCUCUGUGCACACGCAUGCCACGCCUUCCCAUCAGGGUUAUACACAGGUUUUCUAAAAACCCCUGCCAUGUAUGAAGUACGCCCCGAUCCCCUUCCUGGCGCUGCCAGGAAGGGCCCCCUGCGGGGGCCCUAAAAUCUCCUGCGCGCCAGGAGCGCUUGCCCCAGCUACUCCUGUAUGUAUAGUAUUU